GAUAAGGUGGACUAAAGCCUAUAAAUACAGCGGAGUCUGAGCCUCAGUUUAAACUGUGCAGCUGCAACACCUGAGGAUCUGAGCUCCCUGAACUCCUCCUGCGUUUUAACGCUUCGUUGUUCAGCUUCAACUCUCCAGUGAGCACGUGAGGCAACACAUCAAUCCUUCCUUCAAUGCGCGGGAUUGAUUCGAGUCCUCGAUCUGUGACAGCGAUGUCUCCUCGUGCGUAAAAUGCCGCGCGCAGUGCGUCCUGGCGCGGACGAGUCCUUGGAAAGUGCGCGGUGCGAGUGGCGCUCGCUUCACGCCCCGCGCUCGCGGCUCGAUGCUGUGCAGGAGUGGCAUCUCGGCGACAGAAUCUGGAUGAAAGCGCGUCCUUUAGAGCUCAGGCAUGCAUCGAGUAGUGAGAUCAUUGGCGUUAUAAAUAUCCCCGUGCCAGCAGAACUACUCCAGCUCCUGCAGCCGGGGUAAUGCCCACACACUGCACGCGUGAGGGUGUGCGCGCGUGUGCGCACGGUUUCUGGAGCCCGGACCUCGGGACGAGCGACGCCAACAUGCGUGAAGUGGCCUAGCGAGCGUGUCCUCUGUGGAAGAAUGAAUGUUCCUCUCUACCUCUUGACCUUCGCUCACUUGGUUUGCGCCGCCGCCGCCGGAGAGGAGCGCGUCUCCCUGGAGAGCCAACUUCUGGAGGAGGGGAUCCGCUCGGGACGCAGGACCUGCAGGCUCUACUGUCGGGUUGGCAUCGGCUUCCAUCUGCAGAUUCAUCCCGACGGCAGAGUCAACGGCAGCCAUGCGCCCAACCAGCUGAGUGUCCUGGAGCUCUUUGCGGUUUCUCAGGGGGUCAUUGGCAUCAAAGGGGUCUUCAGUAACAGAUUCCUGGCCAUGAAUAAAAGAGGACGGCUCCACGCCACCGAAGGGUUCACAGAAGACUGCAAGUUCAGGGAACGUUUCCAGGAGAACAGCUACAACACGUACGCCUCAGUGAUCCACCGGAACCACAGGACUGGUCGCGAGUGGUUUGUGGCCCUCAACAAGAGAGGGAAAGCUAAAAUGGGCUCGAGUCCGCGGGUCAAAUCCCAGCACGUCUCCACCCACUUCUUACCAAGGGUCGACCUGCACGACAAGGGCGAGCGAGGCUUCACCAUCACAGACCGGAGCAAAGAGAGGAGGAAAUCCCCGCCGCCGCCACCGGCUCCACCCAAACCUGUAGCGGCGAAGGCUAACGUCCACGCAGGAGCAGCUCAGAGACGGACGCAAGUCAAAUACUGGCCCAAGUACCGGUUUGGAUAGCCAUCACAAAGUUCUGCUCAGUUUGUGGGAUGUAAGGUUCAGAGACAUUGGACCUAAAACAAUUGGACGUCACCCAAAAAACUGACGAUGGUCAUUUAUCACAUUCAAAACAUUCCGGGUAAAAAAAAAAGGGCUGUCAGGUACAAGUGCAGAGUUUGACUUUGAUCAAGCUUUGAUCACAGUUGUGUUUUCGUUCCUCUUUAGUCAAUGAUGCCCUGUGCUGUUUUGUGUUAUAAGUUGUGUACAUGAUGGAGACUUAAUCUGUGCCCCACGAAAUCCACAAGUAUCUGCGUUUUGAAAUGGUUCUGUGCUGUUCUGCUGUCUUGAAUGGAAAUGUCCCACUGAGGCAUGUUUUUUUUCUUCUUUUGCUUAAAAGUGGGUCAUCAAGGGAGAGCAGGGUUGAGUCUUUCAGGGUUUUCCCCCCACAGAUUUAUUUUAUUUCCACAAUUCCUUGUGAUGAAAACAUAAAUAGGUGGAAGAAAUGAAUGGCAAUGUAGCAGAAGACAGCAAACAUGUCUUCAGAGCCUCAUUAUAUCAACUAUCGGCUAAUACAGAACUAGUAAAAUCAAAAAAAUCUCACAAUGUCAAAGAAAGCGAUUCAAUAAUUCCUGGAUUGACCAAUUUCUCCAGAUCAGCUCCAAAACUGAAUGGGUUCUCUAUUGGUCCAUGUCCCGUCCUUCAGCCUAGUUUCAUUGCAAACAAACAAACCUUUAUUAGAAGGGAGGCAAAAAACCUAAUUGUUAAAUUCUAUUUCAGAUCUGAUCACUGAAAAAUAAUAUCACAAGUAUAUGUUCUCCCUGCUGGUUGAAAGAUAAAUGAUGUGAUAAAUUUAACUCCGUCUCAAACCUGGCUUGAAAAGCUCUUCAAACAUGUCUCCCACCGACCAACUGUCCCUUCGCUAACAGCGGAUUUGUGACAAUCAACAUGAAAACGAAGACCGGUUCCCUGGAGACACCCUCCUCCUCCUCUUCCUGGACAGCUGUGAGGGAUCAAGGAGAAAACUGUCCGUCAAAACCGUCAUUUUGGAGACCGGCUGUCCCUUGCAAAAAUCUGGAGUCACGACCUUGUGGCAUUCCAAGAGGAGCGUACA